UCCUGUUUCAUUAUUGGCAGCGGUGGUAUUUUGGUUCAUUAGAGCCAUCUCUCAUCUCUCAUUGUUUGCUUCUGUGCACGGGAGUCAAACACCAAUAUUGUACGAUGGGAAAAUAUUGCCGCUGACGCGAUUGACAGCGGGCAGCACCAAGCCGCAACAUUUUCCAGUGGCCCUACGAUACCAUCGUUCUGAGAAAUUGCGCCGGUGGCGGGGCUGGAGCUGCUUACGGCAGCAUUUUUAAUUCAGAAAUAUUUACAGUGUACUCCAUCCAGUCAAUGAACACGUUGAAUUGAUUGCAGGCCUCCAUUCAUUCACACCCACCCCACCCCCCCGUUCAUCAAAUUGGCGUGACCUAUCGCUGCUGGCAUCACAAAGAAGGCGGGGGGAGCAGGGAGACUUUCCCCAUCUUGAGGAUAUAAAUAUGAGGAGGAGGAAGAGCAGCAGAAGUGAUUCAGGACCUUUUCACCCUUCUCGACACCGAACCUGUGCGCUAUCUUUCACCAUGAAUGGUUUGAAGACCAUCACUUUAACUUAUAUUCUGACUCUCUUACUGGUUGCGUUUGUCACACAAACCUGGAGUGCGCCGAAGGGCUCCUUCCAAAGGAGAAACUGGACACCGCAGGCUAUGCUGUAUCUCAAAGGCACUCAAGGACGCAGGUUCAUCUCAGAGGACCGAAAAGAGGGCGAUGUGUAUGACACUUUACAUUUAGAGACCCGCAGUCAGAACACAGAGAAGCUGAACGUGGACCAGGCUGCCACUAUUUUGCUCAACUUUUUGCAGCAGGCCAGGGAUGGGGCUGAUGAAAACCUCGAGGAGGUGUACUUCCAGGAGAUGCCGGUGUGGAAGAGAGAAUACUUCUGAAAGUGCGCCGCUCCCUGGUUUGACGGAUGUUGUCGUCCAUUUCUGCGCCGGGGGGAGAAGAACGGAUGAUUUGUACAUUGUAUCGCCG